AUGGGGCUCAACGAGCUCAACGAGCUCACGAGCAGCUCCCCCCAACUGCGCCUGGUGGCAGGGCCCAGCAGGUGUUCGGGCCGGCUGGAGGUGUGGCACGCAGGGCGCUGGGGGACGGUGUGUGACGACAGCUGGGACCUACGGGAUGCUGCGGUGGUCUGCCGCGAGCUGGGCUGUGGCGGAGCUCGGCAGCCGGACCCUGCCGCUGGCCGCUUUGGCUGGGGGGCCGGCCCCAUCUGGCUGGACGACGUGGGGUGCUUGGGGACCGAGGCUUCGCUCUCUGACUGCCCCGCUGCGCCCUGGGGGAAGCACAACUGUGCUCACAAUGAAGAUGUUGGAGUCACCUGCACUGAGACCCCUGGCCUGGACUCUAUCUCAGACCCCUUCAGUUGGAGCUGGAUCCCUGGCCUGGGUAGAGAUCCGGAUGCCUGGCUCCCCAGGGAGCUGGCCACCAAGCCCUCUGCGAGGCUGACCCCCAGCGUUCCUGAGAAAACCACCACCAAGGCCCCAGGGAAAAUGCCCAAGAGUACUAAGAAGUGGGUGACCAAAAACGCAAAGCGACCGACCACUCAGCCCCCCGUGAUGCCAACCACUAAACAUUCCAGGGUCCUGGGCACCCAGAGGCCCCUUGAACUGACCUCACGGACCACCACAACCCUGACCACUGAGGCCUCCCACAGACCAGUUUCAGAGUCUACUGCAAAGCUGACCACUGGGGUCCCCCACGGGAUGACCUCACAUACCACUGCAACACGGACUCCCCGGGCCCCCCGAGAACAGACCUCUAAGGCCGUGGCAACGUCAACCACUCAAGGCCCCCGAGAGGUGACCUCUGAGGCCACCGCAACGCGAAUCCCUCUGACCCCCAAGGAGUCAUCAGCUGAGAUCCCAGCACAGGGUUCUCCAGAGUCACCCAAAGACCCAGCCCCCUCCCCCACUGGGAGCACCACUCGGGGAUCAGGCCCGUUCCGCGUGCGUCUGGCUGAUGGGCCCAACCGGUGUGCUGGCCGGCUGGAAGUGUGGCAUGCUGGGCGCUGGGGGACAGUGUGCGAUGACAGCUGGGACCUGCGGGACAGUACCGUGGCCUGCUGGGAGCUGGGCUGUGGAAGGGUCCGGCCCCGAGUGGGCAAAACCCACUACGGCCCCGGGACGGGCCCCAUCUGGCUGGAUGACGUGGGCUGCAAGGGAAUCGAGGCCUCGCUGAGUGACUGCCCUGCUGGGGCAUGGGGCCAGCACAACUGUGACCACGAGGAAGACGUGGGGCUCACCUGCACUGGCUACGCCGACGAGGAUGAUUAUCCCCCCUGGACCUGGGAUCCCACCUCGGGAGAGGACCUGGCCAAGGGGACCACCGCCGCAGGGGUGCCUGGACACAUGCUCUCCUGGGGCACCACCAAAAGCCCAGGGGGACCCUCCCCAGCAACAAGGCGUCUUCCACAUACAGGUGAGGGGCACGGCCAGGGUGCGGAGGGGGCCAUCAUCGACCUGUGCGCGCCUCCCCAGGCAAGUUUUCCGUGGCCCUAG